AUGAACAUCCUGGAAUGGGCAUUCGGCAAGCGCAUCACGCCCGCGGAGCGUCUGCGCAAGAACCAGCGCAUGCUCGAUAAGGCUAUCCGCGAGCUCGACCAGACGCGCGUUAAGUUGGAGAAGCAGGAGAAGACGCUGGUCCAACAGAUCAAGACCAGCGCAAAGAAUGGGCAGAUGGGCGCCUGCAAAAUCCAGGCCAAGGAUCUUGUUCGCACCAGGCGAUACGUCGAGAAGUUCUACGGCAUGCGCAGCCAGCUCCAGCAGAUUUCCCUGCGACUCCAGACACACCGGACAAACGAGCAGAUGAUGCAAGCGAUGAAGGGCGCAACAAUGGCAUUGGGAAGCAUGAACAAGUCGAUGAACCUUCCAGCACUCCAGAAGAUCGCCAUGGAAUUCGAACGAGAGAACGACAUCAUGGAGCAGCGACAAGAGAUAAUGGACGACGCAAUGGACGACGCCAUGGACGUGGGCGUGGAAGAGGAGGGUGACGAAGUGGUGGAGCAAGUACUGGAAGAAAUUGGUAUUGACUUUAACCAGGCGCUCGGCGAAACUCCCACAACGAUAGGAAACCCUGCCGUGGCCGAGGGCAGAAUUGCCCAGGCAGUUGGUGGCGGCGGUGGUGGUGGUGGCGGCGACUCCCUCGAUGAGGACCUCCAGGCAAGACUUGACAGUUUGAGGAAGUAG